CCGAAAUGUUCUAUUCGACGAACAGUUAUUUUGAGAUCAUAUCGUAAGCUUCACCUCCAAGUGCUCAGGGAGUUAAGAAUUAGAUGGCCCCCGAUAAAAGGUCUCAUUAGCGUUCAUUCAGUAGGCUAGUAGCCAUGUGUUCAAUCUGGGGGCCGUUCCAUUUCUGCCAAAAUCCAGCAACUUCAAACGGUGCCUUUUCAACAAAAACCUUGGAUUCAAGAUAAGGAAGGAUGAAGAUAAAAGCAAUCCCUGUUUCGGCUCCGCCUCAUGAGGAUCUGGGGGCUGUACUCGAGUACUCGAGUACUCAAAAAAUGCGGGAGUGCUGCGGGGGAUUCCAGGGGGUGUCACAGACAGGAACCGUUUCGGAUGAAGACGGCAGUCCGAGCCAUUAUCGAAUUGGCUAUCUGAUAUGGGAUGGAUCAUUUAUUUUUCUUGGAAGAAGGGACGGAUGUGAUGGUAGAAGAGAGUUACAGCAAGGUAGGUAUACCCAAUGACCAUCUAGUAUUUUCGUGGGUUGGUUGGUGUCUUCGUUUUGCCAUUUUCACGAUGACUUCUAGCUGAUUUGAUUUGCUACGUAUCGUAAGGCACAAUCCUAAGCAGAUGGAUCAAACUGUGCUUGAAGAACUCACAGGUUUCAAAGUAGCAGCAGUCAUUCCCCCUUGCAAUUGCCGCUAGUACUUCAGUCUUUUGACCUAAUAUAUUUUCUGUAGGGGCCGCAUUCGCAUCCAAGCUCAGCAGACCAGUACCAGCCAUGAACUUCGGAUCGACAUGCCUCCUACGGUGAAAAUACAGACAGAACAACCUAUCUAUCAAUCAACAUUCUCAUCACCAUCAUCGUCGCUGCCGGAUUUCGACAUUGAAAAGAGAUACCAACCUUCGGAGAAACAGAGUCCUACAGAAAGUAUACGUCCACUACACAGAAGCAGUCCAUUACAAAGUGCGAUCAGCUCUGAUGAAUUACACACAAAGCCAUGGCCAGAAAGGCCACAACUGCUGGCAAAGACCGUUCGGCAAUGGAGAUGGUGGGAGUUUGCUGUCGAUUCGGUUAUGCUCAUGCUGCCCAUUCCGUUCUUCAUGUUGAUUGCUGCUAUACUUUCAAUUGACCAAGUUCCUCUGACUCCCAAGGCGGCCAACUUUUUCGGCUUGGCCAUUAAGGGUGUAAGUAGAUAUCAGCUUCAAUGAACACACUUUCUAACCGUGGAGUUCCGACACAGGCUGCGACUUUAUUCCCAAUAUUCUUCGCGGCUUGUGCUGGCAGAGCUGCGAUCAAAUAUGCUACCUGGAAGCUUCAAGAAGGAGCUGCUCUCGGUCACUUGGAGCAACUUAUGGGAAGCCGAACAAUUUGGAGUACCUUCAAUAUGCAUUUUCAACUUCGUUCAUUCAAUACGAUUGGGAUUCUUCUCAUCAUAGUUUGGUGCUUUGAACCUUUGGGCGGUCAAUCCGUUUUACAUAUUUACACAACCCCAUCGAAAUCUACUACAUUGGAUACAAAUGUAACAUAUUUCAACUCCCGGCAAGCCAGUUAUUCAUCGCCGAAGGGCGUUUUCAAGAACCAAUGUGAGAUGGACAAUCUUUCUUGUCUCUACUCCUCUUUGCUUCUGUUGUUGGGCUGCUUUAUUAUACCGUAUUACUUGCCAAUCAAAUUCUGAGUUUCGAUUCUGUAGGGUUUUCUGGCUUUACUGUUCUUUUUGCAUCAAGUUUAUUGUCUACUGUGGAGGUAAAAACUUCCAGUGUCGAUAUGUGGGGAAACGUAAAGAUCCCAUACUACUCCAAGAUUGAAGCGACUGGUGCGGCCAAAAACAACGACGGUUGGAUUCAUAUGCCUGCAAAUUUUACCCCGAUUUACUCUUCUCUAUUUGGAUUACCAAUAUCCAAACUUGGAAUAGGCAAUACUACUUUCAAUGUCGAGUCUACCUACACUGAAUUAUCAUGUGGCAACAUGAGCGUCACCGGCCAACCAGCGAUGGGGGGUAAAAGUGACCUUAUAUCGACUACCGGUCCUUUUGUGAGUUUUCAAAAUGUCACCAUCAGCGCAGCGUUCGCAGUAGGAUACCAGGGACCGGAUUUGACGGCACCUGAUGAAAGCGAUUCAGCUUGGGUACUUCCACAAUCUUGUCCAGAUUGUUUGCCGGAGUAUUUCAGAGGAAGAACGGUUGAACCAGGGAAGCUUGCUUUUCAAGAAUUCGCUGGGUUUGAUAAUACGACAUCAAUCAUUUGUACGCCCCUACAACAGUAUAUCGAGUCAACAGUUUCAUGUAUCAAAAGCACUACUCAGGAAAAUUGUCGCGUCACAGCUCAGCGGCCUUCUAUUUUGCCACACAUGCCUUCCUCAAUAACUCCACUAAGUUUUCCCGAGGUGGCAAUGGGCCUUACGGAAUUACUUCCAAACUCCACCCCAAAUUUCAAUGCAGUCAAUAUGAUCGAGAACUUCAUCUACAACCCCUCGAACGGAGCCGCUUCAAACGUCAUAAGCGGCGAGACCUCAUUCGGACAGAACGAAGGACAGACUCCACUCCUGGCCAUCACACCCGACGAGUUCGCCUCUCGAUUCGGCCAGUUAAUGAACGCAUAUCUCUACGGCAGUAUGUGGAAUUCCACCCCAUAUCUCUUAGGUGCCCCAUUCGAGGAUAUCCAAGCGCGUCUCAUCGGGACCAAGAACGCGAGUUUUAUCCCCGCAACGCCAUCAGAGAUAUCGGCCAUGAUCCUCAAUCAAACAGUCGCUUUCACAGUCCCAGCAAAAAUCACCACCGAGACGGAUAUCUUCUUCGUUUUCUACUCUUGGCUGACGGUUUUUCUGCUGGCGAAUCUGAUUAUGAUGGGUGCGUCGAUUGCUAGUGUGUAUUACGCGAGGAGGACGAUAUUACCUGAGUAUCUGGGUUUCGUGUCGAGUUUGGCGAAGGAGAGUCCGUAUAUUGGAAUGCCGGAUGUGGGUAUCAAUAUGGAUGGGAUGGGGAAGGCGAAACUUCUUAAGGAUGUGAAGGUUCGCCUGGGGGAUGUGUCUAUUAGAGAGGGGAACGGGGGGGGCAUUGGGCGACUGGCUUUUGCGAGGUUGGAGGAUACUGUUACUGCUGAAAAGGGGAAGUUGUAUACUUGA